AUGGGAAAACUGACUUCACCUUCAGAGGCUCGGGGGCAGCUCAGUCGCUCCAGUCUUUACCACACCGCAGCAGACUCGCUGUUUCAUGACAUAUUUCGGAGUGUUUUUAGUAGAUUGGUAACGGAAAGAGUUCGUGUCCACUGCAAUGUGAAGAACGCACCUUUUAUAAACAGGGCAACACUCUCCUCUGUGUCGGUCAGCAGCUUUUUAGAUGUGAAGGACCAAGUGGAGCAGCCUUUUGACACUUCAAGGCUCGAGUUCCUAGUAUGUCCGCUGUCCGAGAAACCAUUAAAGUACAAGACUAAGACCAAUGAGCUGAUCGAGGAGCUUGGUAUUGCCUAUCCCAUAAUUGACGGCAUCCCCAACAUGAUUCCUCAGGAGGCCAAACUCAUACAGAAAGACACAGAUACCUCAACCACACCAACACAGGUGUAAAAACUCCA